GUUGUGGGCAAGCGGCGGCCGCAGUGAUGGUGUUCCCUGCUGCUGCUCCUACGGUUAGUGUUGUCUGACUGAGUUGGCUGUGGCGGUCUUCCAUCGAAACGAAGCUGUGGUUCCUUCGAGUCGUCUUCGUGAUCUCCGGACUUCAUGUGACGCAACUCGACGCCUCCACUAGAGACUCCUCAUGAGCUGCGAACGUGGAAAUCGAGACGGUGUGUCGCGUCGAUCUUCUCCCGACGGAUCGAAGCUCUGAAAAUGCAGCAAAUCGGAAUCGCCCGCUGGGGAUUUUCUGGCAUCUCGAGUGACUUCAGGACGAUCGGACAGAAUUCUACAGACGUUCCGGCGUCUGGUUCUUCCGCUGGCUCGGAAGGGGGAUGUUGCCUCAAUGAAGGAUACGAUUUCCCUCAAAAACAGCAAACGACUCCCCAGCAAGCUCUGCUCAACGUUCUCGGGAGACAUCUGCUCGCAUACGCAGGUUCCGCGUAUACCUCGCCGGGCAUGCUCUCCAGCAACUCGUCGUCCUGUUCAGGGGGCUGUGGCGGUAACGGAGAAUGUCGACAGGGCGUGUGUUACUGCAAGGUGGAGUUUGCUGGAGGCCGUUGUCAAGAGCACAACCUAUCAUUUUACAUCGCGUUUUCGACCAUUUUCUACACCAUUUGCGCCAUCAGUUUUGUGCAAUUGGUGAUCUGCAUCCGAUGCGAAUUCCAACGGCACAAGCAUUCGCUGCCAAAGGCCUUGAGACUCACCACGCAGAAGGCUCUCUACGGAUUGAUUUGCGUGGCGACGGCUCUCCGUGGAUUCUACUACUCGAGCCCUGACAACUCUGAGCUGCAAUGGGCCAAGAGUCUCCUGACAGCGUACUAUCCCCUCCUAUUGACCGGUUCGUCCAUCAUCGUCUGUCUGUGGGCGGAGAUUUUCCAUGUGCGAGAAGCCCGGAUCGACCCACCCGGUUUCCUAUCGAAGUCUCUUCUCGGAUUCUUGGUGUUCAACUUUGUGUCGUACUCGCUUCUUAUUCUGGAGAUGAUAUCAUCCCAUCUCUCCGGCUACCGAGAGGAUGAGCGGCUCCUGUUAUUCCGAAUCUUCAACGGCUCGUUCGCCAUUCUGAUGGUGCUUGUGGUGGUGGUUUUCCUCAUUUAUGGUGUGGAAGUAUUUGUGAAGGUCCGAGGAGCAUUCCUCUCGAACAUGGGGCCUCAUUCACUCGGGAAUCACGUCCCUGACAGAUCUCAACUUCACCAAAGUCGUGUCGGUUUGGUCACUUACGCCACCCUUACCCUGGUUACGGCUUUAUUUAUCUUGUCGGACAUUUCUGGUCCUCUGUGGAAAGACCACGUGCCGCUGGUGUCACGGAACUUUUACGAAGUCUCGUUCCGAGUCAUCGAAAUAGGAUUGGCGCUGUGGUUCCCUUGCGUCUUGUGGAAUUGCGUCCAACCGCAACAGCUCUGGAUCCUGAACCCCAAGAAACUCCUCAUGAGGAAACCUCCGCAGACCAAUGUCUACGAAGAGCUCUCACGAUUUAAUGAUCUCGGAUCCGUCGAGCGUUUGGGACCUCCGGAAUGCUUCAUCUGCUACGAUAGCGAACGCGAGAACGCCGGGCCCCUCAUCAGACCGUGCAAUUGCCGCGGAGACGUCUCAGUCGUUCAUCACGAUUGUUUGAAGACUUGGCUCGUAGAGAGCGCUGGCAGUUCCCAAUGCAGCCGCUGCAAGGUGUGCAACGAAGAGUACGUUCUGGAGCGUGGAGGGGUGUGGCUGCCGUCCGGACUUUCGACGGUGAAUUGGAUGCAGACUUGUUUCGUCGUCGCCUUGAUGGGCUGUUCGGCGACCGCCGCGAUACUUGUUGUCAAACUAUACACCCACAUUGCGCUGAGAUCUCUCUCGGUCGGCUUGGCCGCCUUGAUCCAAUACGUAUGUUUACGGGUCCUCGGCGUGGGUGUGCUGGCUGCCUACAAACGAGCCCGUUUUUCGGCGGUUCGGAUCAUAUCGAGGAAACUCAAUCACGGACGCGAGGCAUCGGCCGCUCUGAUGGCUGCCGCGAAAGAAAGUCAUCACACCGUAGCGGCUGCAGUCAAGCAUGAGCUCGCUGCCGUGCAUCAGAAUCAAAAAAUGACGUCGCAGACGCCGGUGCAUCAGAUUUCGCCCGAGACGGCCAACACGUCGAUGUGACUCAAUCGAUAAGGAACGUCGAGAAUACUCGAGACUGUUCACUUCCUGUAAACUAUGGUGUGUAAGGUCGGUGGCUCUCGAAUCUCAUCUUCGGAAACGUCUGAACGUCAUCUGAAAUUGCUGGAAAUUUCGGAAGGGACGUGACUGCUCCUAAUUGAUCGCUCACGAAAGAACCGUGAACCGUGAAUAGCACAAAACGUGUCCGAUUCGGGAGCGGAGGAAUAUCCCGUUGGAGAACCUAGACGGAGUUUUGUGGUCACCGUAAAUUGAUAUUCGCAUGAGUAUUAGUCGGGACUCGUAGUUGCUUGCGUAGCGACGAGAAGCCUUAGUGUCAAAAACUGUACGUGUUCGUGAGUUUUCAGAAAACACACCCUCAAACAACGGUGCCAAUGAGCACUUUGAGCUCCAGGGGAUGGCUCGAAACCGUAGAUCGCAUCCCACGAUCGUUUGAAUAUGUUUGGACGUAGUAUCGAGAGGUCACAAGUAGUUGGCACUACCUUAUCCACUAAUCGGCACAGUGAUCCAAGCGUCUGGCUCGGGAUUAUAUCUGACGACCUGAAGCACGCAAUAGAGGAUUCGGCUGGAGAAUAAUCAGUAGAAUCUCCCAUCGACGCUAUGAUAGCCCCCUAGAAAGCCCAACAUGAUGAUUAAGAGAGAGAGAUUCACGUUGAUAAGAGAACUUCGCUCGCUGGUUGGGGAUCGGCAGCCCUCUCGAUGUGAUAUUUGUCAACAGUUCGAUUUCGAUUUUAAACACCUGGACUUGAUCAAUACAACCAUUGUCUACACCCUCAGGUGGCGGCGCGCUGGGCGUGAGGCCGCUAAGUUAACCCUACCCUGUACAAAAACUGCAAUAAAGUAUC